AAAAAAUAAAAAAAAAAUCAUGCCACGAAUCCUGCUUCAUGGUACAGGUGCGAUUGGAACCAUAUAUGCCUACCAACUCAUGCAAGCCGGCUGCGACGUCACAGUAACUUGUCGAUCCAACUACGAAGCCGUCAUCAAGCAAAAUGGUUUUCAUCUGGACUCUGUCAUUUACGGAGAAGGAUUACAUCUUCAGCCGAAAGUCGUUCGAAGUCCUCUGGAAGCUGUCGAGAAUAGUAGCAGUAGCAAUGAAGAAGGAGAAGGAGAAGGAGUAUAUGACUACCUUUUGGUAGCAUGCAAAGCCAUCCCCGAAGCCCAAAUUUCAGAAACGAUCGCUCCAGCGGUGACACGGGGACGAACGACGAUUGUAUUACUGCAGAAUGGAAUUGGAAUUGAAGAAGAAUACUCGAAGAAGUUUCCUGAGAAUUUGCUGUUGAGUGGUGUGGUGUAUUGUCCUGUCACACAGACUUCGCCGGGAUAUAUUACUAUGGGAGAUGUCGAGAGGUUGGAAAUUGGCGAAUUUUCUUCUUCUUCUUCUUCUUCUUCUGCUUCAUCAGUCGAAAACAACAACAAGAACUCAACAACAACAACAACAACAACAACAACAACAGAAAUCCACCCCUCCACCUCAAAAUUCCUCUCCCUCCUCAAAUCCGGAGGCGGGAAUCCCAUCCACUACCACCCCUCGACCUCAAUGCAAGAAAGACGCUGGUUCAAACUCCUCCUCAACGCCCCCUGGAAUCCCAUCUGCGCUCUAACCCUCUCUCGAGAUCUCGCCUUUCUCGCCGCCGAACCAUGCACCUCCUUAGCCGUCAUCCGCGGCGUUCUCGACGAGGUAAUUGCCAUUUCGCGCGCUCUGGGAUAUCACAGUGUGACAGCAGAAGCAGCAGAGCAAGGGCUGGCGACGAUUAUGUCUCGCGAGGGAAUUGCGGGGAUUGAACCGAGUAUGCUCGUGGAUGUGCUGUGGACGCGGAGGAUGGAACAUGAAGUGAUUUUGGGAAAUCCGGUGAGGGUCGCGAGGAAGUUGGGGGUGGAGGUGCCGAGGAUGGAGAUGUUGUAUGCGUUGGUCAAGGCUUUGGAUUUGUCGCAUCAGAAGAGGAAGGAGGGCAGGUCGUUGGAUAUGUAUGAUUUGGCUUAGGGGAAUUGAAUGUAUGUAUGUAUCGACUCGGAUUGUCUCAGACCAUCACAGAUAUUGCCCGACUUUCUUCCUCUUGGAUUUACCAUUUCGGUAAAAGAUCCUUUCCUGUGAUGCUCAUGUCUUCCCGUCUGAACGGUAGCAGCGAGUGAGAUGCAGGGAGACAGUAGAACUUAAAGCAUAGGAACAGUAGCACAGAGAGAAGUAGGUUGUAUAAGUACUAACGAGGUAGACAGUGAAGGGGUGAUUAACCGGAUUUUUGGCGCGCCGGCGGCAGCGGUGUUCCCUGCAAUACGAGAAGGUAAGACUUCUCCUGUUCUCAGACUCGAAUGCUCAUGAUCAGCUCAUUACAAUAUUCCGAAUCGUUCAUCUGGAAGGCCCAGAGAAUCUGUCCCAUGAAUUCACACAAAAAAGUCUUGUGAGAUUUUGGUGUUAAUGCCUUCGAGCCCCCCAACACAGCUUCAAGAAACAUGCAGUCGAAAUCUACCACAGCCACGCGGUCCACAACUCGCCGUCGUAUCCCAUCGCCUCGCCCGACUUUGAGAACAUGCGCAGAGUAUCAAAAGGUCCACCGUUUGCAAUGACCAAAGAGCAGAUGUGGUAGAACCCUCCAGAAGCGGCGUUGGAGAGUCGAUUGAUACCAGAGGAGAACUGCUACCGACAUGCGAAGCUGAGCGCUAAAGGUUCCAGCCAUCGAGAGGUGUGAAAUAGAAUGAAGUUGAGUCUGGCAACCCCCCUCCGAGACUGGUCUCGUAUAGGCAGAAAGUGGUGGUGGUGGGCCUGCCAACGUCUGUCAUAAACCAGGAAGAGCGAUAACCCAAGCGAAGACGCUUUCCGUGUGAGAGGAGACGAAAGAAUAUUUACAGACUCGCGAGUACGAAUACAAAGCCGGGCAGUUCAGGAUCGCGGAGCGCACAGGAAUCAAUGGAAAAUCUUGACAGACAGGACCAUCGGAGUUCCCACUGCCAAAGCGUCUCUUCAUGCAGCUCUGUGGGCUAUGAUGGGCCACCUCCUGUACAGUCUCAGGUUUGGCCUUGCCGUUGGUCUCUGUACCAGGCAUUACCGGGGCCACUUGUCCUCGUCACUCCCAAUCUCUCCCUCCAGACGUUCAUCCUCCGCUCCCCAGGCAUGGGCGGGUGUUUGGUCUCAUCGGGACAAACGCCAUCCUCUGCAGCAAUGUCCGUCACCACGGGUGCGUGCGCAGCUGAGCAGAAUGAAGGCGGGUUCUUGGCCAGUGCGGUGGAACACAUUUCGUGACGAACACAGAAGUGCAUACACUUGUGCCAUGUGAUCAUGUUGACCACGCACAUUUCGAGUGUAGGUCUGUGUGUGUGUGUGUUGUGUGAGUGUGAGAGAGGGUGUGUGAGUGAGUGAGUGAG